GUCUUUUUUCAAUCAAAAGAUCUACUGUUCUUCUUAGGUCACCUCUUCUUCUUCAUCAUCUUCUGCCUCUCUCUCUCUGUGCGUGUGUUAACCAAUGAUUUCGUAAUCGCACCAGCAAUCGUGCAUUUUCUGGGAAAUUGCAAGCCUGGUUCUCCCUGAGCCUCAGCAUCAGAAGAAACUCUUUGAGAAGAAAGAGUGUUGUCAUACAUGAAUGAGUAAAUGCUAAACAAGAUUGAUGGUUUUGAAGUUGCUCAUGUUAGUUAGCCAUUGAUGCCCUAUCGCUUCUAUCUCAAAAUUCCACGCAUAGCACAUGUUUCCUUAAACAACCUGGAUUUCUGCUCAUGGAGUCAAACUCUGACCCGAAUAUCAGCUCCAUUUUCGCUCAAUCAAACUCCUCUAUUCAACUACCUCCGUUCUCCAUCUUUUGAACACGGGAUACUGCGGUAUGUGGGAGUGGGAGUUAUUGAUGACUCAACCCCAUUUGUCUCCUCAGUGCAUGACUGCCAAUUAGCAGAUGACAUGCCGGCUGAGAAAUUGCUGAUUCGUGAUGUUCCUUUAGACAUCAUAUGCGCUACCACCCAGGUCAUCUUCGCCAAUACGUCUAUUCCCAAGCCUCGAUGUUUCUCUUUUAACCUGGACACACCGUCUCCCGAGAAGCUUGCCUAAAUCCGGAUACUCAGAGAGCUCAAGAGCAGAAUUGAAAGAGAGACCAGGCAGAAACUACCUCGUGGACCGCCUGCGAAACUAAACCCCCACUGCUCAGCGAAGAUUAGUUCAAACGCACACACUUACGCAACAUCUUAAAGUAAAAACCAAAGAUGAAACAACAAAAGAAGAGGAGGUUCGUUUGAUGUCCUGUCAGUUAAAUAAAAAAUGAAGAUACAUGUGUAAAUUGUUACUGUCUCAUUGUUUCUGUAUCAUUAUCAUCAUCUUUGAUUUUAAAGGGAUCUGACCAUUUUGAGCGCGCACAACAAAUACUGCUGGUUUCUACUUGAGCUUUCUAAUGAACCUCCAACAAUUUGUCAAGAAAAAAAGCUGAAAAAACAGCUCUGUUAAUUGAGUUGAGGUCUUC